AUGGGUUUGGAAGGCGUCGCUGAGGAGGAACCGAUGAGGAGCCCAUCGCCGGCGGCGGCGGAAGUGGAGAUGAAGAAGGAAGAAGAAGGGUCGGAGACUCCCAGGUCCAGUAUUUACCGGCUGAAGUCCGCGCUGACCUGCCCGGCGGCGCCGAGGAAGCCACAGGCGAGGUCAAAGAGGAAGGCGAGGCGUCCGCAGGGCUUCUUUCCGGUGCCCUGGGAUCUGGGCUCGGUGUUCUUUCCGGUGCCCUGGGAUCGGCUCCGCUCGAGAAGAGAAUUCGAGCAGGGUGAUGGACACCGUUUCCGCCUGUUAAUCUCGCGUCUCUCUCUCUCUUCUUCACCCGUUGUCGGUAGAACAAAAUCUACUUUUUUCCCUUUUCUCUUGCUCAAUUCUAUUUAUGAUGACUAA